AAAAAAAAAAAAAAAUCUAUAGAUAUAGGUAAGCUGCUUCUCGCCGUCUCAAUCCAAACUAAUUUUCCUGUUUCUGUCUCGCUCCUUAGCUUUCUCUCAUCCUCUAUCUGCGCAAGGAUGGAGGAAGCUAAGCAGCCACUUCUCUCCCCUACUCAAGACGAAAUCAGAAUCCAAGACGACCUCGCCAGAUCAACCAAUCCCACCUCAACCACCGUCGUCUUCACCACUGGCACCGAGGACAUCCCUCCCAUCUUGGGCGUCCGAGAUUUCUUCAGAGAAUCCUACAAAGAAGCCAAGAAGCUCUGGUACCUUGCUGGCCCUGCCAUCUUCACCUCCGUCUGCCAAUACUCUCUCGGUGCCAUCACUCAAGUCUUCGCCGGUCAGGUCAGCACUCUCGCCCUUGCAGCUGUCUCCGUCGAAAACUCCGUCAUCGCCGGUUUCUCCUUCGGCAUCAUGCUCGGAAUGGGGAGCGCCCUGGAAACGCUAUGCGGGCAGGCGGUCGGCGUCGGCCAACUGGAUAUGCUCGGAGUAUACAUGCAACGAUCGUGGAUCAUCCUGAAUUCGACCGCCAUACUUCUCACUUUCAUAUACAUGUUCGCGGCGCCGCUUUUGAAAUUAAUCGGCCAGACAGAGAGCAUAUCGAGAGCAGCCGGAACUUUUGCGGUAUGGAUGAUCCCGCAACUUUUCGCCUACGCCAUUAAUUUCCCUAUUGCGAAGUUUCUGCAGGCGCAGAGCAAGAUCAUGGUUAUGGCAAUAAUAGCGGCGGUGGUUCUGGUUCUUCACACAUUUUUCAGCUGGUUGUUGAUGCUGAAGCUGGGUUGGGGACUGGUGGGUGCCGCCGUCGUGUUAAAUGCAUCCUGGUGGUUCAUUGACGUGACUCAGUUUGCUUACAUCCUCAGCGGGACUUGCGGACGGGCAUGGGCCGGGUUUUCUUUGAAGGCCUUCCAGAACCUGUGGGGCUUCGUGAGGUUAUCUCUUGCGUCAGCCGUAAUGCUCUGCCUGGAGAUUUGGUAUUUUAUGGCACUUAUUCUCAUUGCCGGUUAUCUAAAGAAUGCAGAAGUCUCAGUGGAUGCCUUGUCGAUUUGUAUGAACAUACUGGGGUGGACGGUCAUGGUGGCUCUGGGAAUGAAUGCAGCAAUAAGUGUUAGAGUGUCAAAUGAAUUGGGAGCAGCGCAUCCAAGAACAGCUAUACUCUCAUUGGUGAUGGCUGUGAUUUCUUCAUUUAUGAUUGGUGUCGUUAUUGCACUUAUUCUCAUCAUCUUCCGGGACGACUAUCCGCAGUUGUUUUCAAACGACACAGAUGUUCAAGAUCUCGUUAAGGACCUCACACCAUUGUUGGCUCUUUGCAUUGUCAUUAACAAUGUUCAACCUGUUCUCUCAGGGGUUGCUGUUGGAGCUGGAUGGCAAACUGUUGUUGCAUUUGUGAACAUUGGGUGUUACUAUGUCUUUGGAGUUCCUCUGGGUCUCAUAUUAGGUUUCAAGCUUGGCUUGGGCGUCAAGGGAAUUUGGUCUGGUAUGCUCUUAGGCACAGUCUUGCAGACUAUUAUCUUGUUUAUCAUGGUUUAUAGAACAAACUGGCACAAAGAGGCUUCUAUUGCUGAGGACAGGAUUAAGAAAUGGGGAGGUGGACAUGGCGGUUUCAUAGAGAACAAUGAAGAAAACACUGUCGAAGACAGAAACUUAAAUUUAGAAAGAAACAAGUAAAAUUUUGGCGGAAUUUGAGUAGAAAAUGUGAAGAGGUGCCGAUCUUAUCUUUCAUAUGUACUAGCCUACUUUUUUCGUAUUUUUUUUUAUAUUAAUUAUAUAAUGAGAGAUAAUUUAUUUUUAUUUUUUAUUUUAUUUUUAAUAAAAUAAUUAUUAUUAA